UUUCACCCUCAGCCUCUACAGCCUGCCAUAUACUGGUGGUACCUUUUAGAACUCAGCUUCUACUUCUCCUUAAUAUUGACUCUGUCCGUGGAUGUAAAGAGAAAGGACUUCAGGGAGCAGGUCAUCCACCAUUUUGUUACAAUCACUUUGGUCUCCUUCUCCUAUUGUGUCAACUUUGUUCACAUUGGCGCCCUGGUAUUGCUGCUCUAUGAUGUGUCAGAUGUCUUCUUAGAGAGCUAUAAGAUGUUAAGUUAUGCACAGUGGAGCCAAGCUCGGGACACGGUGUUCAUCCUCUUUACCCUGGUGUUCCUGUUUAGCAGACUUAUUCUCUUCCCAAUCAAGUGA